AGGACGAUAUAGACCGGCAGCAGACGACUCACCGCUCAUGGACUGACGAUGCCUUCCCACCUCACCCGCUAUGUCCUCCGCCGGAUCCUCGCCAACGAACCCAUCCUCCACCGAGCGUGUCCGCGGCGGCAAGCAUACACCUCGCUGAGCAGAUCACGCAAUGGCUCUCGAUCAUGGACGGCACAGCAUGGCAGAGCUAUGGCUUCUGCCGAGCAGCGGAGGACAUUCUUCGACCUCAAUAUGUUCGGGCCCAAGAAGAGACAGGUGAAGGAAGCUGACCUGGAGCCCGGCAUGGAAGAAAUGAUGCAUUUGGCGAAAAUGCAGCGCAUGAAUGCUCGUUUGCCUCCGCCUGAAGACAUUUCCCAGGCCCUGAAACAAUUCUUUUCAUCCACUCACUGCCGCGUCAACGACCGCACCGCCAAACUGGUUGCAUCAAGUCUCGAGUAUUGCUGGGCUGCUGAAGAACAAGGCUCCUCCCCGCGCCGUUACAUAUCAUCGCAGCUCUUGGUACGCAUUACGAAAGCAUUGAGGAAGACUCGUGCGCCAGUCACCGAGGCCCAUCUCAAACUCUCCUCCUUGGUUCUUCAGAAGGGGCAAUCUCUCAAUGGCGCAGUUCGAUACAGAGCUAACCUCAGUCACAUCAGAAUGUUGGGCUUGGCCGGCCACUACUUAGCAGCACGGAAUUUGGUCGAGGAGAUUGAAAAAUUGGGCUCAGCUUCUACAGAGCGCGUCAGCCCCAGCGAAGCCGAGAUCGACAACGAAGAUGCCAACGAGGGUACAGCGAGCACCGCACAACACCUGGAGUCAUACUGGAUCACAGCCUUGGAAGCCGUGUCCAAAGGCAACAGUGAGCGCGAUUUGCUUGAAACACUGAACAUGAUCAGUGAACGAGAGUCACUCCGCCCGCCGCCACAAUACCUCGCAAUGCCCAUGCUCGCAUUCUAUAUCCGCACCGCAAAUCUCGAAGCUGUACAGACAUGGUGGAAGCAGUACUGGGACUCUUCCACCGAGCAUGGCUAUGGCGACGAAGAACUCGAAAGAGGUCUGGCAUUCCACUUUGACUCUGUGUUGCGGUGGUGCGUCUCCCACCAACAACUCGAAUUCGGCCAUCAAGUCGUGCGGCAAGCCAUGACCAACAACCCUCCCAAGCCUCUGUGGGAUGCUAUCUUCAUCUGGGCUGCCGCCACCGGCAAAGGCGCAGACGAGAUUGGACGUAUGCUGGAUGUUAUGCAAAAGUCCAACGAAGACAUUUUGGACCCCGCGCAGUGGAGGGUGCCUGAUAUCACGACUAUCAACGGCUUGGUCAAGUACGCAACGUCAAAACAGGACCCGUAUCUUGCGGAGCGAUUCAUCGCUCUGGGACAAGCCAGAAGUAUUGAACCUGAUGCCCGCACAUAUCAACUACAGAUACAAUAUCGCUUGAAGGUCAAUGACGUGGAUGGUGCCCUCAUCGCGUACAAGAAUCUGCAGGCCAUGGACCUCUCCUCGAAUGAAGACGUGCCAACAGUGAAUGAGCUCAUUGUGGCAUUGUGCCAGAGCAAGCGUCACGACUUCGACACAGUCAUGAAUGUAGCCAUGGAUCUGGCAGAUCGGAGGGCGCGCUUUGAGUCAACCACUGUGACAGCAUUGGCGUUGUUGCAUCUCAACCGCGACGAAAUGCACGACGUGAUUGACCUACUCAACACACACGCUCAUCACUACUCUUCUGCUGAGCGCGACAAGAUUCGGUCUACACUUCUCGCAUUCUGUCUCAACCCUGAUAACCCAACGUCCCGUGCGUGGGACGCGUACAAGAUUCUGGGAACAGUGUUCGAUGAGAUGCCACGAUCGGAGCGCACCGCGGCUAUGGCCAGCUUCUUCACCCGCGAGCGGCCCGACAUGGCAGUCUUUAUUUUCAACGAGAUGCGUCGCCACUCACGAGAAGAUACCAUGCCGGUAAUCGACACAUACGUAACUUCCUUCCUGUGCUCCGCAAAGCUGCGAGAUCUGGACAGUCUGGAGCUCAUUCACAAUCAAUUGAAGCUCGACUACAACAUUACCACCAAUACAUACCUUCAGAAUGCCAUGAUGAUUGCAUAUACCGCCUGCGGUCGACCUCGGCAGGCACUGGCUUUCUGGGACGACAUUGUUGCUUCCAAAGAAGGUCCUACUUACAACAGCAUUCACAUCGCUCUACGUGCAUGCGAGAAAGCGCCAUUUGGCGACUUGCGCGCCAAGCAAUUGUGGUCAAAGCUGAAGCAGAUGGGUAUCGAGCUCGACCAGAGCAUGUGGGCAUCGUAUGCUGCCGCCCUAGCUGGCAAUGGUGACAUUGAUCUGGCCCUCAAGAGCGUGGAAGAGGCAGAGGGAAAGAACGAGGUCGACGUUGAUGCUUUCUUGCUCGGCAGCCUAUACGAUGCCACUGCGGGUCAUGCCGAGAAGCAGGAUGAGGUGGAAUCCUGGGCCAGAACGAAGUUUCCGGACGCUUGGGAAGGGUUGGAGAAGAUUGGAAUAGAGGUUAACGAGCAAAGUGGGAAGAAGUUGCCUAAAAUCGACAGAAGUGUGACGCCUUGAAGCAGUCCGACAAUGACCGAUGCCUAUCCUCGCCAACCUACGAGCCCGCCGUACCGGCUUUUUAUCACAGGUGGCCAUUGUGCUCAAACGGGAUCCCGCCGGAAAGAGGAGUGUAAAACUUGCACGAAGCCACGAAUCGCUUCCUCCACCACGAAGCAGUACAGCUCUCUGCUGAUGCCCAUUCACAGUACAGCAAAUCACGGAUCGGUCUAUCUGAACAGUCAGCCUCUGGCACUGGAACGGACCCCACAGUGCUCGAUUCCAAGCAGCAAAUCUCAACGCCUGCAAAGAUUCUCCCAACAACCAAGCUGCCACAGGUGAAUUAUUGCGGCUACCAAGACGGAAUGCAUGGCUCGCCACCUGUGUCAAUCUGCAGUUCCUGAGUUGUGCGACAGGAGUGGGCCGCUGUGCACGGCUACGAUGACGAAUGCGACCAUUUUGUUGACAAACCAGUGUCCGGUCCCGAUCGGCGGUGAGAUGCCUGGCUCAAAGAUGUCGGAUGAGAGGAGCAUGCGAAUGUGGGCCUUCCGUCAUUGCGAUGAUACCCUUGGCCCGACUUCACAGCUGGUUUGCUUCGGCGUCCACGAUGCGCAAAUUCACAGGCAUGCCUGUGCUGGGCUCCAUUGCUACGUCAGUAAUCGCAAUGUAAUGUACAUAUUGCAGUCAAAGUCGGAGCAAGUACCAUUGACGAUGUCUAGUAUCUAGGCAUACACGGGUUGCAGCUUACCGCACACCCGCUGCAGAACUCUCUCUGGCAGCACAGACUCAUACACCGUGUCGACCCAGUUUGCAACCACCUGUCUUGUUGUAGCCGGAUCAAUGAUUUCCUCCACGCUGAAAUGAUUCGCUGUUCGAACUGGGUUCAUCAACCGCCUGUACAUGGUCUCCAACUCCUUGUACCGUGCCUGUCUUGCUUCGACGCCCUUCUCCUUCUCAAUCUGCCGUAGUUCAUGAGCAUGCCCGACUUCGAUCCCGCCGUCCAAUGGCAAGGAUCCCCAUUCUCCACUUGGCCAGGCGACACGACUAUGCGGAUCUCGACAAUCGACAAUGACCCCUCCCGCCACUCCGUACGUCUUUCUUACAAUGACACUGAAGAUGGGCAUCGUGGUCGUGUAGUAGGCCUUUGUAAGUUCAACUCCCCAUCUCAUGGUCGCUGUGCGCUCUGCUACCGUUCCUACCGCGUAGCCUGG